AUGACGAUCGAACGUUCGGCCACGGUGACCAGUGUGACGGCGUCCAGCCCCCGUAAGCCGGCGGCCGCCGAGGACGAGGAGGUGGACGUGUUGGGCGACGCCGACUGUAACGGCGCUGACUGGCGCCGGCAGAGCGACGGCUCGGGCGCCACCGACCUGCGCACAGGUGCUGACGCGGCCCGGGGCAGCCCGGGGUACGAGGACGGUGUACCGGACACCACCGCCGAGAAGAGUUCGGCCUCCAGUUUCAGCGAGACGGUGGCGCCACUGACGGCCGAGCUGGAGCGGCUGCGCGCGCAGCUGUCGGCGCUGGAGCGCGAGAGCAGCCAGUGUCGCUGCGGCGCGUGCGGUCUCGCCUACCGCCAGCCGCUCGUCUCCACACACUGCUGGCACGUGCACUGCACACAGUGCUGGAACGCCGCCCUGAGCGCCGACCGGCGGUGUCCGCAGUGCAGCGCCCAGCUGGCCGCCGACGACCCUCAACGCCAUUCACGUGUAGACGGCCGCGCGCGCUGA